AUGUCCGCGCACCUGCAGUGCUCCAGCUUCCUGAUCAAGAGGAACAAGCAGAGGUACAGCACAGAGCCCAACAACCUGAAGGCCCGCAACUCGUUCCGCUACAACGGGCUGAUCCACCUCAAGACUGUGGGCGUGGAGCCGGCGGCCGACCGCAAGGGCGUCGUGGGGGUCAUGAAGCGCAGAUCCGGCCAGCGGAAGCCGGCCACCUCGUACGUGCCCACCAUCAUCAACAAGAAAUCCCGGGCCACGCUCAGCACCACCCGGCACAUGAUUCGCAAGAACAAGUACCGCCCCGACCUGCGCAUGGCCGCCAUCCGCAGAGCCAGCGCCAUCCGCAGAGCCAGCGCCCUCCUGCGCAGCCAGAAACCCGUGAUGGUGAAGCAGAAUCGCACCCGCCCCACCAAGAGCUCCUGA